AUGGCGAACAGAAAGCAACAGACACCGAAUCUGUCUUUGAGUUUUCCUACCGGCGUGAAUACAUCCUCUGAAGAACCCAAAAAGGUUAAAGUGAUCUUUAUUCUGAGAGAUGCAAGAAGUUAAAAAAAUCGGUAGCGCUUUUAACCUACAUAAGAGCUUUUCCGGCCGCCAGCUAAAUGCCGCGUCACGCAAAAGCCUGAAAAUUCAAGCGUCCUCUAUUGCAAAACAAAGAACCCUUUCGAACCAAAGAUUUGUGUAAUUAAAGGUCUUUAACUACUGCAAUACCUUAUGAAAGUAGAAGCUCAGAAGAAUCGAUAAUCCUUAGUUAGAAUUUUGGUGACAUCAUGUUAAAACCGAGAAUAAGCUGUUCCCUUACAAAUUCGCCGUUAAUCGUGUUCCCGUUUCCCCGUAAUAUGGGGGAAAGCCUCUGACUGGAUGUUAAUGCCAUGACGCAAGUAAUUUUCGGUGUUGCCUACCACAUUUAUAUACGUUUAGUUGUAUUUCGGCUCUCCAAAAAUAGGCGUGUGUAGUAAGACCACCGAUGUUUGCUGCACCGGUUGCGGGUGCAUCUGUUCUCUGCCGGUGGCUAUUGUAAAUAAAGGAGAAGGACGUACAGAAUUCAACGCUUAAUGAGAGAUCUUAUAUCUGGAUUUCAGCGUGGAAAUUGCGUGGAAGUUUUUCGGUUAAAUUGUGUACAGACCCCAGACUCGUAAAACUGAUCAGACAAAAGUAGAGCUAUAAUUUCCUGCUGAACAGAAGUGAACGAUCCUUAACGUGAAACCUGCUCGAAAUCGAAGAGAUCAACUCCUGCAUAAAACGCUUUAUUGGAAAUGUAAACAGUGCUUCCGUGAUCAAAAUUCUGUUAAACCAAAAACCACAGGAAAUCUAUGCACAGGAAAAAGACCGGCUCUAUGAGUAAAAAAAGGCGGAUAAAAAUGUACGUGUUAGAGUCCUCCAAAGCAUAAUGUACCCGUUAUAAAUGACAUUUUGGGUAGAUAUUCUAGUUAGAUCCUAGCUAGCUACAAAGGUUGAGAACGUCCAAAGGAAUUACCGCGUACGUGCUGUACAAGAGUCCAGAGUCGUGUUGGUAUGUCAAUACCUAUUCAACUGUCAGAGGAAAAACAACAAAAAACAAUUUGUGCGAAUGUAUCCCGGAACACGAUUAACGACGGCGACUCACUGAGACCUCUCUCCCCCCAAGUUUUUUGAGGGGAGGGGAUUCUGUACACAGGCUACCUUUAGCUACACUGUGUUUUUUUCUUCAGAAAAUAAGAACUUAUUUAAAAACCUUAAUAGUUUAAAUUUGUGCGUAAUACCAUUUAUGUAAGCACUUGUUUAAGGUAACUUGGGAAAAUGUAAGUUUUUAGUCGCGGGUUUUUAUUGUAUCACACUUUUCUCUUUAUCUUGAUAGAGGACAAUGGAUGGCCUUGAUGUAGAUUCUAACGCAUGUUUAGUAAAACCUUUGCCCACUGCCUUCAUAACAGCUGGAGUUGUUGUGUUAUUGUUCAAUUACGCUAGAUAUUCUAGAUUUUCUGUUGUUGUGAUAUUGUUUAGUUAAGCCUAAAGGGACAUCAAUUGCCACAAGCGUUUUUCUUGAACGGGACGAAGCUUGGAGGCGCAUCCGCGCCACGCUUACUCCGUCGUUCGGCGCAAAAAAAUGAAAGGGUUAGUAUCCCUGAUCGAUGAUUCGUUUGAGAGAUUGAUGCAGAAAUUUAUUGAAGGCGUUGUCAAUACGGGUAAGUGGGGUUAUUAUUUGAACUGAACUUGUUCUAAAUUGCCUGUUUUCUGUAUUGUUCCAUUUACAUCCAGUUAAAGGCAAGUUCGUAAGUCAUGAGACUUCGAACGAAUAGAAUGCCGUCCAUGCUUCAAGUUUAAUUUUCAAUAAAAUUGUGAGAAAUCUGUUUGAUUUCAAUUUAGUUGGAGAGGAUAGAAAAUGUUUAAAUUUAGUGAAAACGCUAGCAAGGGAUACUUCCUCGUAAAAUGCGCUUAAUUUUUAAAUUAAGCGCAUUUAAAAAUCUUCUCUCUCCCCCUUACUAUUUCCUCUAUGGUUCAUAAAAAUUUUUAGCACAGGAGCGCAGGGGGCCCAAGUCGUCUGAAAAUGUUUAAGAAAUUAUAGGUUGGCAUGAGAUGAGUUUUCGUAUGUUAAGUAACCGCUUCAAUAUAAACCUUCCAUAGCGCAAAAAAAAACUCUGCAUCAAAGAAAUGUAAUUUUGUCAGUCGACUUAGUUGACCCAACUCAACUUGGUGUUGGCUCUUAUCUAUCUGUUAAGUGGCUAGCUGCAGAUCAUUCUAAUAAAUACUUUCGAGCAGUCAUUUUAACGCUGGAAGUUAUACUCUCCGCGUUUGGUGUCGAAACUGGCAAUCAAAACGACAAAUAAAGCCCGUUAUUUAAAAAAGUGAAGGAGGUUUUCUGCACUCUUUGGAUAAUGGACAUCUUGAGACGGUUUCCUUUUGGAAUAUGUCUUUUAAGGAUUCUGGCACAAAUCAUGCGCUCUCCAAGCUACUUCGAAAAGUGUGCCUCAGAGAUCUUAGAUCUUCUUGGGGGAAGACACGAUUUGAUGCAUUUGAUGCUGACAGCCAACGAGGAUUCAACUGAAAAGAGAUUAUCCAAACUCACCGAUGAAGAUAUAAUUAGCCAGUGUCAGAUCUUCAUCGCGGGUUACGAAACUUUGAGCAAUAUGGCCUAUAUCAUGACCAACCAGCUGGCCCUGAACCAGAAUGUACAGGACAAAUUAAGAGAGGAGAUCAAGGAAGCAGUCAAGAGAAACCCUGAAAGCUCUCUGUAA